AUUGAUAAAACAGAUAUUAACACCGAUAAAACAGAUAUUAACACCGAUAAAACAGAUAUCAACACUGAUAAAACAGAUAUUAACACCGAUAAAAAAGAUAUCAACACUAAUAAAACAGAAAUUAACACCGAUAAAACAGAUAUUAACACCGAUAAAACAGAUAUUAACACUGAUAAAAUAGAUAUUAACACUGAUAAAACAGAUAUUAAUGCUGAUAAAACAGAUAUUAACGCUGAUAAAACAGAUAUUAACACCGAUAAAACAGAUAUCAACACUGAUAAAACAGAUAUUAACACCGAUAAAACUGAUAUUAACACCGAUAAAACAGAUAUUAACACUGAUAAAACAGAUAUUAACACUGAUAAAACAGAUAUUAACACUGAUAAAUCAGAUAUUAACACUGAUAAAACAGAUAUUAACAUUGAUAAAACAGAUACUAACACUGAUAAAACAGAUACUAACACCGAUAAAACAGAUAUUAACACCGAUAAAACAGAUGUUAACACCGAUAAAACAGAUACUAACACCGAUAAAACAGAUAUCAACACCGAUAAAACAGAUAUCAACACUGAUAAAACAGAUAUUAACACCGAUAAAAAAGAUAUCAACACUAAUAAAACAGAAAUUAACACCGAUAAAACAGAUAUUAACACCGAUAAAACAGAUAUUAACACUGAUAAAAUAGAUAUUAACACUGAUAAAACAGAUAUUAAUGCUGAUAAAACAGAUAUUAACGCUGAUAAAACAGAUAUUAACACCGAUAAAACAGAUAUCAACACUGAUAAAACAGAUAUUAACACCGAUAAAACUGAUAUUAACACCGAUAAAACAGAUAUUAACACUGAUAAAACAGAUAUUAACACUGAUAAAACAGAUAUUAACACUGAUAAAUCAGAUAUUAACACUGAUAAAACAGAUAUUAACAUUGAUAAAACAGAUAAUAUUAACACUGAUAAAACAGAUAUUAACACUGAUAAAUCAGAUAUUAACACUGAUAAAACAGAUACUAACACUGAUAAAACAGAUACUAACACCGAUAAAACAGAUAUUAACACUGAUAAAACAGAUAUUAACACUGAUAAUGAAGCAGCAAACGGAUACAACUCUACAAAUUCAGAAAAUUCUCCAUCGGAAGAAAAUGAUCACGUGAUUCUGAUCGUCAUAGGCGUGAGUGGGGUGGUCGUCAUCAUCCUCGUUGUCGUGGUGAUUGUUGUCAAGAAACGCCGGAAGUCCAGCAGCCGGGGGAGACGGCGCCCGAAAAUCCGAUACAAUAAACCGUCGGGUGGGACCUCCGACAGUUAA